UUAGUAGAGGCAGUGGUGGUGGUGGUAGUGGUCGUGUUAGUAGUAGUAGUAGUAGUAGUAGUAGUAGUAGUAAUAGUGUUAGUAUAUACGCCCAAAUACCCAAAUACCCAAGGACUGUUACACUGGGUCCCCGUGGAGUAAACACUGGUAACUUGCACCGGCCGGCAGGAAUCGAACCCCAGGCCUCCAGGACACCGUGGCGGCGCACUAACCACUCAGCAACCGCCUUCCCUGCCUCCUGGCUCUCACGACUAUAUCCAAAAGGCUGCAAAUAAGAUGAGUCGGUUCUAAUGUGUGUUUUUUUAUGGACAUACUAACACAACCUCCACCGAAGCUUUGUCAAACUAUCACCAGGCUCAUAACACAUAACACACACUAAAGCCUUGUCAAACUAUCACCAGGCUCAUAACACUACCCAUGGACAUACUAACAAGCAAGCAGGUGACAGAAAAGAUAUAGAGAUAAUGAAGAUAAGGAGAGAUAAGUAGAUUAAGAUAGAUAGGGGGAGUCAAGCAAGUUUAACAAGGCCUUGCUAUGUUAUGUGCCUGGUGAUAGUUUGACAAGGCUUUGGUGGAGGUUGUGUUAGUGUGUCCAUGGGUAGUGUUAUGAGCCUGGUGAUAGUUUGGCAAGGCUUUGGUGGAGGUUGUGUUAGUGUGUCCAUGGGUAGUGUUAUGAGCCUGGUGAUAGUUUGACAGGGCUUUGGUGGAGGUUGUGUUAGUGUGUCCAUGGGUAGUGUUAUGAGCCUGGUGAUAGUUUGACAGGGCUUUGGUGGAGGUUGUGUUAGUGUGUCCAUGGGUAGUGUUAUGAGCCUGGUGAUAGUUUGACAAGGCUUUGGUGGAGGUUGUGUUAGUGUGUCCAUGGGUAGUGUUAUGAGCCUGGUGAUAGUUUGACAAGGCUUUGGUGGAGGUUGUGUUAGUGUGUCCAUGGGUAGUGUUAUAAGCCUGGUGAUAGUUUGGCAAGGCUUUGGUGGAGGUUGUGUUAGUGUGUCCAUGGGUAGUGUUAUGAGCCUGGUGAUAGUUUGACAAGGCUUUGGUGGAGGUUGUGUUAGUGUGUCCAUGGGUAGUGUUAUGAGCCUGGUGAUAGUUUGACAAGGCUUUGGUGGAGGUUGUGUUAGUAUGUCCAUGGGUAGUGUUAUGAGCCUGGUGAUAGUUUGACAAGGCUUUGGUGGAGGUUGUGUUAGUGUGUCCAUGGGUAGUGUUAUGAGCCUGGUGAUAGUUUGACAAGACGAGGAGGAGGAGAGAGAGAAAGGGAGAAAGAGAAGGAAGAAGAAGACGAGGAGGAGGAAAGAAAGGGAGAGAAGGAAAACGAAGAAGAGGAAGAAGAGGAAGAGGAAGAAAAAUCGUCAAAUAUCCCAAUUCCAUUCUUUUUUAGGAAGAAUAAGGGAGAAAAAAAAAUAGAAAGAGGAAAUGAAGAAAACGAUGAAGAUAAUAUUAAUAAUGAUGAUGAUAAUGGCGAUAGUAGAAAGUAAAAGAUCGUCAGCAUGGCCGCCCCCAAGGAGUACGCUGCCUGGCACACCUACAACAAGCGAUUCCUAGCACACAUCAGCACCCCGCCGUCAGCACUUCACCCCGAGGAGCUCAAAACCCACCUCAGCACCCUACUAAGAGACCUUCACUUCCUGCCCGUGGUCAACGCUUACCUCGACACCCACUUAGGUCAGGUCAACACGGAGAGUCAAGCCCAUACGAUCUUGACCUUGCUUGACCUCUACAGCGCCCAGGAGCCACACAGACAGCGGUACUUACAGCAGCUUCGCCAGAGGUUUGUGGAGGCCUUUGAUAGUUACCCCGACCUCAUGAAGCCCACAGUGUCGACUCAGUUCUUCCUAGACGGUUACGAUCGACACUUGAAGCAGAUGAAGAGAGACACACACGCCCUUUACGAACGUGUUUUGGUCCCGGCGCCUGACAACCUUGACCUCGUUUCCUACUAUGACCCUGGCCGCCUGCCCUCGCUUGACCUCGCCUUGACCCGACAUGGCCUGCCCUCCCCUCUGCUGGUGUUGGACAAAGAGCAGUGGUACCAACUCAGGCAAGCGAAUGACCCUUUCCUAUCCCUGUCUUUACAUCUGUCUACCUGGGAGCUCACCUUGGCUAACCACUCCUUGCAACACGCCCAUUUCAGGUUCAAGGAGGUGGACAAGCCGCUUACCAUGAGUUACCGGGUCCAGAGUGCAAUGUUGCCAGAUACCACUCAGCUGUCCUACCCCUGCCGACACCACAGCCUAUGCUUCGACUAUCAGAGAGCCGCAGAGGUCAAAGUGGUAGGGUUGACCAAUGGCGAGGUCGCUCUUAUCCACAAGCACGGGUCAAAGGCUUACUUCCUUCACGGGGCUGGUCGAUUUGCGGACGUUCAACCAAAGCUCCACCAUCGAUACCCAGGCCCUUCCGCUCACUGGGUCCUGAUCCCUCAACCGUGACCUGACCUGACCUGACCUGACCUCGUGUGUGUGUGUGUGUGUGUGUGUGUGUGUGUGUGUGUGUGUGUGUGUGUGUGUGUGUGUGUGUGUGUGUGUGUGUGUUAUUUAUUGAUUUGUUUGUUUGUUUGUUGUUUUCAUUUUGUUGUUAUUGUUUUCUUUUUAUUUAUCUUCUUCUUUUUCUUCUUCUUCUUUUUCUUCUUCCUCCUCCUCCUCCUCCUCGUUCUUCUUCUACUCCUCCUUUUCCUCUUCCUGUUAUUUCUUCUUCUUCCUCUCCUUCUUCUUUUUCUUCUUCUUCUUCUUCUUCUUCUUCUUCUUCUUCUUCUUCUUCUUCUUCUUCUUCUUCUUCUUUUUCUUCUUCUUCUUCUUUUUCUUCUUCUUCUUCUUCUUCUUCUUCUUCUUCUUCUUCUUCUUCUUCUUCUUCUUCUUCUUCUUCUUCUUCUUCUUCUUCUUCUUCUUCAUUUUUCGUUAUGGCAAAAUGAACCACAGAGAGAGAGAGAGAGAGAGAGAGAAAAAACGAAAUCACAAUGAAAUGGCAAACUAAUAUAAUAAUAAUAAUAAUAACAAUAAUAAUAAUAAUAAUAAUAAUAAUAAUAAUAAUAAUAAUAAUAAUAAUAAUAAUAAUAACAAUACAUAAUGAACGAGACUCCUCUUUAUUAUCCUGAGAGAGAGAGAGAGAGAGAGAGAGAGAGAGAGAGAGAGAGAGAGAGAGAGAGAGAGAGAGAGAGAGAGAGAGAGAGAGGAAAAUGAAGGAAAAUAGAAAAAGAGAAAGGAAAACGAAAAUAAGAGAAGGAACUUGAGGAAGAGAAAGAGAA